AUAUCACGAACAGGCCAGGUUGGAUGUGGCUUGGAGCAGCCUGCUCUAGUGGAAGGUGUCCCUGCCGGUGGCAGGGGACUGGAACUGGAUGAGCUUUAAGGUCUCUUCCAACCCACACCAUUCUAUGACUCCAUGUCCAUGCAGUAUCUCAUUUAUAUUCUUUAAUAUUUUUAUGUCAAAUUGCAUAAAAAUUUUUACUGCCACCACUUCUUCUCCACAGGCAGAGAAACUGAAGCACAGAUACUUCUUAAGACAUACAUUUUCAUGCUUGCUUGAGAACAGCAGCCCACCUCUUCAAGACUUCUUCUAACAGCGAGAAAUCCAAUCAGUGCAUUUUCAUCCUGUAACGAUGGCUACUGUAGAAGGUGAACACUAACUUUUAGGUUCUUCUCUCUCAUGCUUGGCUAUCUGAAGUUAGCCUCCUCAGCCGUCAGAUCUACUUACAUCCCAUAUUCCUCUUUACAAGUUUUGGCAAGAUAUCAAGUUAUUGCAAGGGGUCUUGGAUAUGUAACUCCCAUUGUUUCCAGUCACAUAGUUAAUUAGUGGAAAAGCCUGAAGGAGAGCACAGGUUGUUUAAUCUCAUGGCUUGGUGAUGGAUUGUUUGGAGUUCCUUUGACCCUGUUGCUUCUACAUUUAGAAUUUGAAUCUGUGCCACUGAGGUCAGUGAAAAUGUUACUGACUUUGGUAGGAGCUGCUGACAAGCAGUGAUAGAGCAGUGCUGUAGUUUAGCAAGGGAGCAGCACAGGGUGACUAACACAUUGUAUAAAAGAGCUGCUUUUAUACAGCAGCUUCAGUUUUGACCUCAGAUUGUCCUGAACCUGACCCAUGUAGCAGUUAUGUGGUCUGAAGCCUCCCUUGUGGCAUUCCAUGCUGUGCCAAGUCCUUAGGCAGGCAGCAGCAGGAACGUGGCCAUGCGGAACACAUGGGAAAUAAAAGCUGAAAGCUUAUUUGCCCAAGUGAGAAGCCUGCCUGGUGUUGUACUUGAAAAUGUGAUUAAUGGCAGAGUCUGUGAUGCCCGCAGUUUGGGAAGAGAGCAAGUGUUGGGGUGGACCUGCUCCAGCGUUUGUGUCCAUAGAUGGAGUAGCUCCGCUUCCUGCUCUUGCUGUGCUUCUUGUCAUGUUUUCUCUGGUUCUUACUCUUUUGGGCCCUUUUUGGGGCUGAAGGAGGCAUGUCUGUCUCAGGGGUUUGAACAUUGCUCUGUUUCUGACAAAAAGGAAUGACUUUGUAUUCCUGCUGACAUGAAUCUCAAUCUCAUGUUACUCUGAACACUGAAGCUGACACCCUGAUGUUUCUUUGAGUCAUCACUUAUUUGCUACCUCUUAAAUGCUGCUGAACUGACAAAUGCCCUUUUAUUAUUCCUCAGUAGAUGCCAAGAAGACAAACUACAGUAGUGUGCAUGAGGCAGUGAAAGCUGGGGAUGUGGAACAGCUUGCGUCAAUGAUAAGAAGUGGAGCUGGUAUUAAUGAGGUGGAUUUAGUCCACGAAUUCACACCGCUGCACUGUGCUGCGCACUCUGGAAGCCUGGAGUGCCUUCACUGGUUGCUCUGGCAUGGAGCUGAUACAACACGUGUGACUGUGGGAGGCUGGACAGCAGCUCACCUUGCGGCUAUCCGGGGUCAGGAUGCUUGCAUGCAGGCUUUGUUAGUGAAUGGAACAAAUGCAGAAGCUCAGGAUGACCGUGGGUGCACACCCUCACACUUGGCUGCAGCCCAUGGGCACUCAUACACCUUGCAGACCUUGCUGCGACAUGGAGUGAAUGUGAAUGUUUCAGACAGGAAGGACUGGAAGCCUGUUCAUUAUGCUGCCUUCCAUGGCCGCUUGGGCUGUUUGCAGCUUCUCCUUAGAUGGGGAGCAUGUAUCGAUGAUGUGGAUAACAAUGGAAACCUUCCAGCUCAUCUAGCAGCAGUGGAAGGGCACUUGCAUUGCUUCAAGUUCUUGGUCAGUAAAAUGGCCACUGUGAUGCACACACUAAAAGCCAGGAAUGACCAAGGAGAGACUCCAAGGGACUUGGCUGAACGGUUCUAUAAAGAUAAUAUCCUGCAGUAUAUUGAUGGUGUGGAAAAAGAGAGGCAGCAUCCAGAGACACAGGCAGUUUUAGCUUUCCCAGCUCAUGGUGCUGCUUCCAAAGGGGACUUGUUAACACUUAGAGGAUUAGUGGGAAGUGGAGUGAUCAAUAUUAAUGAGCGGGAUGAUGAGGGAUCCACUCUUAUGCACAAAGCUGCUGGACAGGGGCAGAUCCAGUGCCUACAGUGGUUGAUUGAAAUGGGAGCUGACUGUGACAUUACAAAUGAUGCUGGAGAGACUCCAAAGGAUGUAGCCAAGAGAUUUGCCCAACUGGCAGCUGUGGAACUUCUGGUACAGAGAACUGGAGACAGUAACUCAAGUGAUGAAGAACUAGAUGCAAACAACAUAAAGUUCUUUGAAAGCCAUGGUAUGGAAGGGAGCACAGAUAGCAAAGCAGAUGUAACACCGGGUAAAGCAGAGAAGAGGGAUGCGCGCAUGAGAGCCUAUCACAAGAUUCAAGAACUUCAGCAACUGCUAGAAAUUGCCUACAGCAACUACAGGCAGCUGGGAGGAAUAACUGAAGAGGAAAAGAAGACGAAGAAAGAAGAAAGGGAAGCUGAGAAGGCUCUGAGGGAGCUGGAGGCUCAGCUGGAAUAUGAACGAGUGAGGCGGGAGAAGCUGGAGAGUCAGCUGGAUGAGUGCCGUGCCAAGAUAAACCAACUGAGAGCGAGCCUGGAGAAACAGGAGAAACAAUACAGCUCUCCUGCUGCCCCCAUGGAACCUGAGACCACCUCCAAGCCUUGCAAAGAAAAAACGAAAGUAAAGAAGAAACCAGCCUGCAGCCCUGGGGGAGUGUUUGUGAGACUACGCUGAGGGGUGAAGCUCCAAGGAGGGGCAGCCUGAGGAGGGAGAAUGGCAA